AUGGCUUGCACGGGACCACCCUUCACUGGGUCAAACCUGUCUGGGUGGCUGGGCCCAGACAGUGGUGACUGCAGUGACACCAGCUGGGGCUGGUCACCAGUGAGAUACCCCAGGGCUCAGUGCUGGGGCCAGUUCUGUGGUAACAUCCUCCUCCAUGAUCCAGGCAAGGAGAUCAAGGGCACUCAGUUUGCAGAUGACAUCAAGUUGGGUGGGAGUGUUGAUCUGUUGGAGAGCAGGAAGACUCUGCAGAGGGAUCUGGACAGGCCGGAUCAAUGGGUCCAAGGUCAAUGGCUCAGGCCCAGCAGGCAGGAGGGUGCCCUGGCAGCAGUGGCACAGUGCAUGUGGGGUGUGCUGUGCCCACGGCUCCCACGGCUCAGCACCACCAUCAGAACUUCUCCACCACUGCUUUGGCAGGAAAAUACUGGCCAGAACUUGGAGGAGGACCAGAGUCAGAGCCUAAAUGAGCAGAAGGCUGAACCCAGCUCUGCUGAAAAACUGUUAGCUGAAGAAAAGACUAAACUGGAAGAACAACUGAAGGAAGUCACUGACAAGUACAAAAGUGCCUUGGCAGAUGUGGAAAACGUGAGGCAAAGAAGCCAGAAACUGGUAGAAGAGGCAAAGUUAUACGGGACCCAGAGCCUCUGUAAGGACUUUCUAGAAGUUGCAGACAUACUGGAGAAAGCAACAGAAAGUGUUCCAAAGGAAGAAAUUAAGGAUGAUAAUCCUCAUUUGAAGAGCUUAUAUGAAGGUCUUGUUAUGACAGAAGUACAGAUUCAGAAAGUGUUUAAAAAACAUGGCCUGCUCAGACGGGUUCCUGCCGGAGCCAAGUCCGGUCCCUGUGAACACACAGCAUUGUUCCAUACUGCCAAGGAAGGGAAGGAGCCUGGCACCACUGCAUUAGUAGCCAAGACUGGUUAUGAGCUGCACGGGAGUACUCUGCAGCCUGCCUUGGUGGGUGCUGGGAAAGACCCUUAGCUGCUCAAUCUGAGAAUUUAAAAUGCCAUACAACUAUUAAACAGCUGGAUGGUUUUUGUCUCACACCAUGCUUUCCUCGUUCCUCUGCUCCCAGAGAGGU